AUGGGUGACUGGAACUUUCUGGGGAGACUAUUAGAGAAUGCGCAAGAGCACUCCACAGUUAUUGGCAAAGUUUGGCUGACCGUACUAUUUAUCUUCAGGAUCUUGGUGCUGGGGGCUGCUGCUGAGGAGGUCUGGGGAGAUGAGCAGUCAGACUUUACAUGCAACACACAACAACCUGGUUGUGAAAAUGUGUGCUAUGAUGAAGCCUUCCCAAUCUCUCAUAUCCGUUUCUGGGUGCUGCAGAUCAUUUUUGUCUCCACACCAACCCUCAUCUACCUGGGCCAUGUGCUCCACAUUGUGCGCAUGGAGGAAAAGAAGAAAGAGAAGGAAGAAGAAAUGAGGCAAAGAGGAAACAGCAAGGAUACCAGCCAUUUAAAAGGAUUGAAAGGAGAAGGGGAAAGUGGUGAAAGUAGCGGCAACAAGGAGCUGUCUCCACAGAAAGAUGAAAAAUUACCACUCCGUGAUGAGCAUGGCAGGAUUCGUAUGGCAGGUGCGCUGCUACGCACGUACAUCUUUAACAUUAUUUUCAAAACUCUCUUUGAAGUCGCCUUUAUUAUGGGCCAGUAUUUCCUGUAUGGUUUUCAGCUGAAGCCACUUUAUCGUUGUGGCCGCUGGCCCUGCCCAAACAUUGUGGAUUGCUUUAUUUCCCGACCUACGGAGAAGACUAUCUUCAUCAUCUUCAUGUUGGCUGUGGCCUGUCUCUCUCUGCUCCUUAACAUGUUCGAGAUGUACCACUUGGGAUGGAAGAAGUUCAAGCAGGGCAUGACCCGAAGACACAGUCGGGCAGCACCUGCUUUGACCACAGUUGCAUCCAUUUCAGCAGUGGAGGACUCUAAAGCUCUCCCCUUGUCUGAUUUACCUCCAACUGCCGAGCCUCCUGCCGCCUCAGCCAUUAUGCCUGAAACCCGUACCAUCACCCCACUGGCUUUUCCUCAAGCUGAGUUGCCACAUUAUGCUGAGGCUACCUCUAGACCUCAGCCACCUUCUCUUCCAACCUCUCUGGCUGCAUAUCCAGGUGAGCCUCCAGCAGGUGAAGAGAUGCACAAGGCCACUAUGCACACAGCCAUCUCUACACCUAUAGCAACGACAUCUUCCAUCCCUUCCCCUUCACCCAUUAUCAACUCCUACUUCAACAGCCACACUCUGGCUCAUGAGCAGAAUUGGGCCAAUAUGGCAGUCGAGCAGCAGAGGAAAAUGACGGCUUCCAGCUCAGCUGCCUCUUCCACCCCCAGCAGCCUUCAGCAAUCGCAUCCGGAGCAAGAGGAGCCCUGUGAACACCUUCCACCUCCACCUUCCUUGUCACCUAUAGCUGCUGCCAACAGCAGCAGCAUGAGCACCAGCCUGAGUGGGGGAAGUGGCAGCAAGUGGGAGGGAGAAGGUGACGAUGAAGAGCGGUCAAUGUCAGCGACAUGCACCCUGGUGGAGAUGCAUGACCCCCCUCUGCUCAUGGACAGCCGUCGCUUGAGCAGGGCUAGUAAGUCGAGCAGCAGUAGAGCCAGGUCAGACGACUUGACCAUCUGA